CGAAGUCUUGCGUGAAUGUCUGCACACAAGUCUUAUAGCUUUUACCAGACGGCUGUACGUAACGCGGAUAAGAGACGAGUAAACGCUCACAUCAGGUCUACACAAAGAUGGUCACCAUCAUCAACCUGCACCAGACUGACUAGCAUAAACACUGGAUUUAAAUCAUCCAAGUUUGGCAACUGGUGGAGAUUUUGUCAUUUCUGAAGAAGACUCAUCAGCUACACCUAUACUUCCUUUUGCUCUUCCUACUGGCCCCUCACAGCUGAAGUGAUGUCCUCUCUUGCAGCAUCAGAAAAAUCCUCUCCGAACGCCAUGGGUCCCAAAGAGGUGGAGCUGAUCCUUGUAAAGGAGCAGAACGGGGUCCAGUUCACCUCCACCAACUUAGUAGCUCCGGCCCAGACUAAUCCCUCUGGGGAGAAGGAAAGAGAGACCUGGGGGAAGAAAAUUGACUUCCUCCUGUCUGUGAUCGGAUUUGCCGUGGAUCUUGCGAACGUCUGGAGAUUUCCCUACCUUUGCUACAAAAACGGAGGAGGAGCCUUCCUGGUCCCGUACCUGUUCUUUAUGGUGAUAGCAGGGAUGCCUCUUUUCUACAUGGAACUGGCUCUUGGGCAGUACAACAGAGAGGGAGCAGCAGGCGUCUGGAAGAUUUGUCCCAUCUUUAAAGGUGUUGGCUUCACAGUGAUUCUCAUUUCCCUUUAUGUUGGUUUCUACUAUAAUGUCAUCAUCUCCUGGGCGCUGUUUUACCUCUUCUCCUCAUUCACCCACGAGCUCCCAUGGGUCCACUGCAACAACACCUGGAACAGCCCAAACUGCUCAGACUGGGCCGACAACAGCUCCAUCGGUGACAUUUACAAAGCCACGCCUGCUCAGGAGUACUUUGAACGAGCGGUCCUCCAUAUUCAAGACAGCAAUGGUAUUGAUGAUCUUGGACGUCCACGCUGGCAGUUGACUUCCUGUCUGGCUGUUGUGAUCAUUCUGCUCUACUUUAGUCUCUGGAAGGGAGUCAAGACCUCAGGCAAGGUUGUGUGGAUCACAGCCACCAUGCCCUAUGUGGUCCUGACUGUGCUGCUGCUCCGUGGAGUAACUCUGCCUGGAGCCAUCGAUGGCAUUAAAGCAUACCUCUCUGUCGACUUCCUGAGACUCUGCGAUGCCAAGGUCUGGAUUGAGGCUGCAACACAGAUCUGUUUCUCACUGGGUGUGGGGUUUGGUGUGCUAAUUGCAUUUUCCAGCUACAACAAAUUCAGCAACAACUGUUACAGGGAUGCUAUCAUAACCAGCUCCAUCAACUCUUUGACAAGUUUCUUCUCUGGAUUCGUUGUCUUCUCCUUUCUUGGGUACAUGUCCCACAAACACAACGUGGCUCUAGAUAAAGUCGCUAGAGAUGGUGCUGGUUUAGUGUUUGUAAUUUACCCAGAAGCCAUUGCAACAUUACCUGGGUCAUCAGUGUGGGCGGUGAUUUUUUUCAUUAUGCUGCUGACCCUUGGUCUUGACAGUGCAAUGGGUGGGAUGGAGUCUGUGAUCACUGGGCUGAUUGAUGAAUUCAAAUUCCUUCACAAACACAGAGAGCUGUUCACCCUGUUUAUCGUUGUUUCAACAUUUCUCAUAUCCCUCUUCUGUGUCACAAAUGGAGGGAUGUAUGUGUUUACUCUCCUGGAUCACUUUGCGGCCGGAACAUCGAUUCUCUUUGGAGUGCUUAUUGAAGCCAUCGGCAUCGCCUGGUUCUACGGAGUGGAUCGUUUCAGUGAUGACAUUAAGGAGAUGAUUGGUCACAGACCAGGAAGGUACUGGAGACUGUGCUGGAAGUUUGUUAGCCCUUGCUUCCUCUUGUUUAUGGUCGUGGUUAGCUUCGCUACGUUCAACCCUCCAAAUUACGGCUCCUACAUGUUUCCUCAAUGGGCUAAUCUGCUAGGGUGGUGCCUGGCCAUGUCAUCAAUGACCAUGGUUCCACUGUAUGCCAUCUACAAGCUCUGCACACUUCCAGGAAGGUUUUGCGAUCGCCUUGCUUAUGCCAUCACCCCAGAGACAGAGCAUCACCUGGUAGACAACGGAGAGGUUCGGCAGUUCACUCUGCAUCACUGGUUGGUCGUUUGAGAGCUGCAGAAAGAGAAAUGGAAGGAUUGAAAUAGAAAGAAUGUCAGAGUGGAUGCUGGAUGCAUGCAAAAAUAGAAGCCUAAAGAGCUAAAGAGUGAAGACAGCCAUGUAAACUGAUCACAGGGAUUAAGAUGCAGAGCUUAAAAGUGCCAAGAAAAAAAAA